AUGCGUAGCUAUUAUUCGAUUACACUUCUACUAUGUAUCCUUGUUACGUAUAUCGAUGUUGACGCGUGGAAUGCUCUGAGAAGAUUUACACACUUUUGGCGAACAAAUAACAUUCACGCGAAUGAGUUGUUAUCGCGGGAUCCGUCAAAGAGUAAAUUACAAUCGAUCAACAUCCAAAAUGACACAUCAACUUACGCUAGCAGAGAAAAGCGACUUUUUCCUUUGUUCACCGUGGUGAAGUUUGAUAAUAAUAUUUGCUUCGGAUUAACCGGCGAGAAUGGUACUUGUAUGACGACAUCAGAGUGCUCGGAACGCGGAGGUAUCUCCAGUGGGAUUUGUGCAAACGGUUACGGAGUUUGUUGUAUUGUAACUAUGUCUUGCGGCGAAACGACUACUAAUAACAAUACUUACUUCGUUAAUCCGAAUUAUCCGUCGACAUUCGACGGCACGGAAUCUUGUCAGUUGACGGUUGUUAAAUCGCAUCCAGAUGUAUGUCAAUUUAGGCUGGAUUUCGUGGAACUUAAUAUCAGAGGACCGGAAACGACUAACCACCAAUGUAUCUAUGAUCAAUUUAUCGUUUCUGGGGGCAACCCGGUCCCCACUAUAUGCGGUAGUAAUAGCGGGAAUCAUAUCUAUGUGGAUGCUGGUCUCGGACAAACGAAUCCUGUGACGUUAACGUUUGUGACGAGCGGAAGUUCUUUUGCUCGAUCAUGGAAAGUCCGAGUGUCUCAGAUCCGUUGCAAUACUUUGUACAGAGCCGAGGAAGGCUGUUUGCAAUAUUUUACAGGCAUAUCCGGACAAAUAAAAUCAUUCAAUUAUGAUCCUAACACCGGAUUACAGUUAUCUAACCAGGACUAUAGUAUUUGUAUACGAAUGGAAAGAAACUUUUGUGGCAUUCAAUACACGGCAUGCCCGGUUGAUGGUCAAGGAGCUUUGUUAAGCGGUGCAACUCCAGCAGCGCAAAUGACACGCAAUAAUGCGUUUACGUUAACGGGGAACACGCAAGGAACUCAAAUCGCGUCGAUGACAGGAGCUGCUUGUCAGACCGAUUGGUUAACGAUCCCUUGUGCAUCGAAUCUGGGCAGAAUGCCGACCGCCAUGAUGACAUGUGUCGAUCGAAUUUGUGGCGGCACUUUCAACGCGGAGAAUCAAAUGUUGAAUGCUUCUUCUGUCGUUAGUACAGUAAAACCAUUUAGAUUAAUUUUUCAUACGGACAGCAUCGAAGCGCCAAACGACGUCGGAAACCGGGGGUUCUGCUUGAAUUAUGUGCAACAGCCGUGCACGACGAAAUUAAGAUAAAUUUAAAUUGAUAAUUGUUACACGUAAUGCGAAAGGAAAAUGAAAUAACAAAAUACAAUUUCAGUUUUUAUUCGCACACA